AUGUCCCUUCUCAACUGCUACGGUCUUCCGGAGGCGCUUCAACGCGGUGACGCGCCCAAUAAACAAAGGUUGGUUCUCGCGAUUAUUCACGACCAAUUUGGCAUUCUGAAUGAAUAGUCACCGAACGUCCAGUCGCCCAUUAAUUCUGGCGCUCUCGUCGCCGUUCCAACAACUUUUCGUUCUUUUCUGAGCCUUUCUUCCGAAAGAUGACACCGGUUGUCAGUCAGAUGUCGACGCUCGUAAAGUCUUGUCAACUGUUCUUUUUGUACUCCAAGUUGCAAUUCCCAUUGAAAAAUAGUAUCUCUCGCCUGACGAGAAGCCUUCAAAAAUUCCUCUUGUUCGUUAAUUUACGCCUACGAUUUUGAUGGACAUUUCACAAUCCGCUGCAAAUUUCUGGAAUGUUCGAGCUUUGAUCGUCGAAAAGUUCCGGAAGAUUGCGAAAAAAUGACGAAUCUUUGGGCUCUCUUGUGAGUGAUGAGAUGCGAUGCUUCGGACCGAAGGCCAUUUCUAUUUCAGUUCCAAAGGGACGAACCGCAAAAGCCCCGAGAAUCAAAGAAUUGAUACUCCAGCUUUCGAUUUUUCGAGAAAACGUAUUUGCUUCUUACUUUUCCUUGAAUAAAACAGAACAAGUUUUAGAAAGGCGGAAGAGAUACAUUUGAUGUAUGCCUAAUUACCUAUGAUUCUCCGUCACUCACACCUGCUUCCGGUCACAUUCAACAUGUCCUGCUGCAGAAGUUCCUUAUGGCAUUUCCCAUGAGAAGAAGCGCUUGAGUAACAUCUCGAAGUAUAAUUUCCCCGUCAGUUUGUAUGAAUGACUCAGUCCGAACUGUCUGAGUCACUUUCGUCCUGCAAAAGUAUGCACAGUUGCGGCGAACGGUUCGAACGUUUCGCACCUCUUCCGAUACGACCAUAUCAAAGGUUUAGAACUAAAUACCUGCCAUAUAAAAAACAUCUCAAAAUCCCCCGAUCAUUGUCCCUUGAUGCUCCCAACGGGCCAUCUGCCCCCUGUUUCCGCAGGCUCUUCUCGUGUGCUCAUUAUCAAAUCCGCCGCAAUCCAUGCCCUCAUCUCCCCUCGAAUAAUCGCCCCUUCUGCGUCUCUUCCUCCCUCCGUACUCUCUUCGUCCUCAUCCAUCUCCACUGCUACCUAUUUCACUCUGCGUCUCUGCUCUUCCUUCAAUGUCUCAUUCUCGCCUCGUCCCCAACGCAUGAUGUUCAUUGUGUGUCUCUCGUUUUGUCGGGGUCCAACUGCGUGUGUCGCGCCACAGCCUAUCUAUCAAAAUUCGCUAAUUCGCAGCCAAAUCCAAGCCGAUCGGAUCUAGAAGCCCAGGUAAAACUGAAAUCUUUGUAAGAAAUCUCCGAAAUUUCUGUGAAUCGUAAAUCCGUCACCGGCCUUGUUGUCCGGGAACCGGGGCACAGUUCGAGGGCGAUGCCCCCAGGAAUUGUCGAUUUCACAAUUCUUUCGCACCAAAAUUCAACGGACCGUCUAUUCCGAUGACUAUUUUCGUAUCUUCCAAAAUGCUCCGAUUCUUUCGGAGAAAAAAGUCAGUUGAACACGCUCUUCCCCUCCCAAUUCCCCCUCCCCAUCUUCUUCACCACUAACUUUAUGGCUCAUUAAAGCUGCCAUCGUUGCAGAUCGGAAAUUUUGCCAUCGACUCCCCGGAAGUGUUCUCCGCCUGCGGGCGCCGCCGUUACAGCCGGAGGAGUAUCCGGAGCAGGGGACGAGAAGCGAAGGGACUCACAGACUCCGCUCUUCGCAGUCAUGGCCAGCUUUCUCGACUUUCUUCAGGUCAACAAGCACAAAGUGAGAAUUCAGCCGUAAAAUCUGACAAUUUCCGUGCUUUUUUUCCUUUUUCAGACGUUCCGUCCGAAAAAGAAGUUCCCCCAGGGCACUCUCCGCUACAGUCUGCAUAAGCAAGCGGAAGCCACGUUGCACUCGGGAGUCGACCUUCGUCAGGCUGUCAAAAUGCCACUCAAUGAGAACUUUGAUGAUUGGCUCGCCGUUCACAGUGAGAAUUCACCCUGUAUCCUUCUUUUCAUCAUGAUUUCUUUUACAGCGGUCGACUUCUUCAAUCGCAUCAAUCUGAUGUACGGCACCAUUUCGGAUGUGUGCACUCGGGAAUCUUGUCCGACGAUGUGCGGCGGCUCCCGAUACGAAUACCUGUGGCAGGAUGGCCUCGAUUACAAAAAGCCAACGAGACUUCCCGCUCCGCAGUACAUGCAGGUCUGUUUUCGGCUGUUUUUGUUUGAGUAAUUCGAUACUGAAGCGGGAGUGUCUCCGCUUGUUUGCACCCUUCCCAAACAGAUAGUAAAUGGAUACGACGGUCGUUAUUUCAGCUGCUAAUGGAUUGGAUUGAGACUCGCAUUAACGAUGAGAACAUCUUCCCGUCCAGCACGAGUGAGACACCCUUCAGAAGAGUUUGAUCCUAAAAUGUUUGAUUUUCAGCCGUAUCUUUUCCAAAGGACUUCCGUCAGAUUUGCAAAAAGAUCCUGACUCGUCUCUUCCGCGUGUUCGUUCACGUUUACAUACAUCAUUUCGAUCGGAUUCGUGAGCUGGGUGCCGAGCCGCACGCAAACACCCUCUACAAGCACUUUUACUUCUUCGUCACCGAGUACGGAAUGGUUUCCGCCAAAGAACUGGAAGCGUUGGUGAGUCGCAAUAUGCUUAAAACAAAACCAAUUUGUGUGCUCCUUGCAGAAGGAUAUGACCGAACGCCUUCUGGAGCCAUCGAAUCGUCGUGGCCCAAUUCCGUCAGCAAAUGCGUUCCGUCCGUGA